GUGCUGAUCGUUAAACUAAAACAUGAGCCAAAAGUGGUGUUAGUCCCAGCAUCUGUUGAUCGGAUGAAGCAUCUACGUUAUCUUGCUUUCCAUUUUCCCAGUUUCGCUACAGAGUUGAUUUUGCCAAGCACAUUUAGCAAGCUUUACCAUAUGCAGACCAUAGAUGUCCGUCGUGGUUCUCGCUACACGAUGAUACCCUGUCCUGAACAUAUGGCUAAUCUCGUCCAUUUACGGCACGUCGUCUCUCCUUUGCUGUAUUUCCCCAAUGUUGGCAGGCUGAGGUCACUCCGAACGUUGCCACGCUUCGAAGUAGAGGGGGAACAUGGGUACGAGCUGAAGCAGCUGAAGCACCUAAACAAGCUUCGGGGCACUCUGCAGAUAUCGGGUCUUGGGAUUGUCAGAAGCAAAGAAGAAGCUCUUGAAGCUCAGCUUGCCCACAUGAAGCGAGUCACACAACUGGUGCUGGACUUCGGUAAUAAUACCUGCAACCCAGACGUCGCAGCAGAGGUACUUGAGGGCCUUUGCCCCCCGAAGGAUCUUGUAGAGCUUGUUAUCGAGGGCUACAAGGGUUCAAGGUAUCCUAGCUGGAUGUUGAGUCGGCAGCACCCAGACGCCCCAAAGCGCCUGCAAAAACUUAAGCUCUGUUUUAAUUGCAGCCGAUUGGCAUCUAUUCCUGUAGAUAGCGAGCUCUUCACUCACCUACGUAAGCUCCACUUUGUGGAGUGCGACUGGGACCGCUUGCCAGAAAAUAUGGAGCGCCUCGUGUCGCUCCAGUAUUUGGCUAUUGGUGGAUGCAAUAAUAUAUAUGGAGCUCCUUGUAACACCCAGGUGUUAAUCUAUGGUAAUUAA